UCGCUCAAAGGAAUAGGAAGAGUGCAUAAGGCUAUAAGGUAUUCCUAUAGUUUCUCUCACGUUCCCUCAAACAGCAGAGCACGGUCUUGUUUUUAGGCGCAGUGUUCCAUCUGUGGUGCCAAGCCAGGAAGAUGCCCAAUCCGGCGACAUGCCCCUUCCCAGGCUCCCGGCUGUGGCUGGUAUCCGUUGCUCUGAUGGUGCAGUCGGUGAUCUCCUCUUCUUCGACCUACCAGAGACCUGCACCCGGCGGCGGGGGGAAGAGAGCGGGGUUCAUGGAGAGGACGCUGAUUCUGCUGGACGUCAACACCCGCAGUCCGGUUCAAGUUCUAAACGACAACUUCCUCUCUUUACAGUUGGAUCCGUCGAUUAUAAAGGACGGGUGGCUGGACUUCCUGAGUUCCAAGCGUUUGGUAACCCUAGCCCGAGGUCUGUCCCCAGCCUAUCUGAGGUUCGGAGGAAAGAGAACCGACUUCCUCCACUUCCACAACCUGAAGAACCUUGCCAAGUUCAGAGGCCCCGGCCCAGAUUACUACCUAAAAAACUAUGAAGAUGACAUAGUGCGUAGUGACAUCGCCCUGGACAAGCAGAGGGGCUGUAAGCUGGCCAACCACCCUGACAUGAUGCUGGAGCUGCAAAGAGAGAAGGCAGCUCAGAUGCAGCUUGUCCUCCUCAAAGAACAGCUCUCCAACCUCUACAGCAACAUCACAAUAACAGGUUCCCCGUGCUGCCCCAAGCAGCUGCCCAUGUCGCCUAUACCUAAAUCCGCCACUGGUCAUGGGACUCGUUGUGAAAGUAACCAAUCGCCUAUCCAUCGCUCUGACGUCCAUGGGAACGGAGAGGUGUUGUAUGGGGAUUCCGAGCUCCGAGACCAGGGCAGCGUCCAUAAAGCUCUCGUCGGCACCAGCGUCAAUGAGCACCCGGAGAGAUUUGGACCCCACAAAAGGAUAGCAUGGAGAAGGAUAUGA